GCCAUCCAUACCUUCCUCCGACUAUCUUCAAUAUGACAAUCCAGCAGUACGACACAAUCGGGGCAGCAUACGGUGAUGUACCGAAUCUACCAACCGGAAGGCUGCAGGCGGCGGCACUGAAAACCUGUCUUGGGGAUAUCGAGGGCCUAACUGUGCUUGAACUCGCCUGUGGCCUGGGCUAUUACUGCAGAAAGGCCGUUGAAUGGGGUGCCAGCAAGGCCGUCGGCGUGGAUAUUUCCGAGGCCAUGGUCGACGCAGCACGUGUAUGUGCCAAAGAUGACAGCCGGCUUGAGUUCCACGUUGCGGACUGUGGCCAGCCAUUUGAAUUUGGACAAUUCGAUAUCGUCCUCGCACCUUGGUUGCUGAAUUAUAGUCGCAAUCAGAACCAGCUUGUGGAUAUGUGGCGGAACAUCUACAGGAGCUUGAAGCCGGGUGGCAGAAUCAUAGGAAUAAGCCCGAAUGUUCAUAUUCUGGAGGAUCUCGCAGCCUUUCCCAAAGGCCCUCAGUAUGGGCAGGAACUGAAGGUGGUUGGUGAGCUGGAUGAGGGCGGCCUGGAAGUUCAAGUGACGCUGUUCGCGUCGAAGCCUUUCUCAUUUAACAAUGUUUAUCUUCCUCGCGAGUUGUAUGAGAAAACUAGCAAGUUGGCUGGUCUGUCUGCCUUCCAGUGGAAACAUUACUCAAAGCCUCUCAUGCAUGAUGUGGACUGGGAUGACUUUUUGCGGUGCCCUCCGUUCAGAAUCUUCACCGCUGCUCGUCCUGUGGGAGAGGUUGAGUGA